CGGAAGAGGGGAUGGAGUGAAGGAGCUGAAAGACGGAGAGCGACGAGGAGAAGCGGGAACAACGAGGUUUGUCCGGAAGUCCGACGCCUAGCCGCGUUGACCGAUCGGGUUUAGUGCGCUUGCCGCUUUUGCCGCUGCAUCAGCCCCUCCGACAACCGGCAUGUAAACAUUCACUGUUUGAAGUCAACUACAUUGUCAUUCUUGUUGAUUCAUAACAUCUCUACACCAUGGCAGCCUCCCUUUCCUCAUCCGUAUCCUCCCUCCAGUCCUCUCUUCACCUCCUGGACUCGUCCAUUUCCACCCUAGACGCUGGAGUGAGCGACUUCCCCCGACUAUGCAAAGUCCUACAAACCACACGACACUUCGAACUUCUCCCCGAACCGACCCUCCGCGAAGCCCAACAGUCCCUCCUCGACGAAAUCACCCCAAGCAUCGCGCAACUACUCUCAUUAGCCUCCAACCACGUCGAGAAGCUCUCCCGUCGCGAACAAGGCCUGCGCGCCAAGUGCGAACUCCAAGAAGGCCGAUUAAAUUCGAACGACACGCACCAGUCAUCGAGUCGCGACCGCCCCAGCUCAAGCAAUCGACAGGGUAAGACCUCUGCAACCUCGGCAGCCAAAGCUGCAGAAUUGCGACGUCUGAUCCAGAAGAAAGAGCGUCUGCAAUAUGCGGUGGAGAGACUGGAGUUGCAGAGCACGCAGAGAGAGCGCCAGCUGCGGAAGAGUAUGGCUUUUCAGUGAGGGGUCUUUCUGUCCGCCGCUCAAUUGAGUUAUGAGUUAUGAGAACAUGUAUGCUGCCAUCGUGUGGUAUUUACCACCGGUGAAAUGGAAAUGGCGUUUUUUUGCGCGUUCUUGAAGCCCAUACAUCCUUCAAUCCACAGAGCCGCAGUCUCUGAUCCGAAUGUCGCUCGGUGAUGAGACUCCCAGUGUGCCAUGACAGAACUCAGGGUCUGCGUCCAUCGCUAUGUGCACGGGGAGUUGAACUCGUGAGGGUUGAUAUCUCCACACCGCGGGGCUAAAUAUAACGAGAUAAAUGUCUCAAAAGAUAUUUGACAACAUAUCACGGGUCUGGAACGGUUAACAGUGGGCAAAAUCACGCCAAGCCUAGGUCUUGGGAAAGCGUGCUUAUCGUUUCGGCGUUCUACCAAAUC